AUGGACUCGCAGUCGCCUCCGCCGCCUCCUUCCACUGAGGUCGGCACGCCAUCAUCAUCGACGCCUGCCGCCGGCAAGAAGACGUUUGGCGAGCGCUUCCACGAGCUGCUCUACCCACUGGCCAUUGCCGUCAUAUCCUUUGUCGUUUCGUUUGUUGUCGGCGUCGGAGCGGCUACGGCCGUCGCCUCCGGACUGGCCUCCCGUCUCCUGGCUCUGGUUGACGACGCCAUCGCCUACGGCUGGCAGCUCGUGGACGUCUACCAAAGACUGGGCCUGGUCGCCGCUGGCGCCACCUUUGCCAAUGCCGUGGCCUCUGCGGUCGACAAUCGGCUCGAGGAAGUGACCGCGCAGUACAAACCGGCGAAUCUCGACUCGGUGAUCAAGACACUGCUGGUGGGCGACCGCAAGGACGUGGCGGCGUACAAGCAAUAUCCGUUCCUGGGCAUGAUCUUGGUGCCGCUCAUGGCAACGGUUUUGUUUUUCUUCAUGUGCGGUGUCCGCGUUGUCCGCAACCUGCAGGGCUACAAGGCGUUGGUGGACGCCGCAGGCAAGUUGAAGCAGUAG